UCUAUGAAUUAUGGGUGGGACACACAAGAGAUCCAUAUUUAUAUAAUAGUAACUUAUAUUCUUAUCAUUUAAAAGCUCAUUCUGUGUACGGCUGAACAGCGAUUCAUGAAAACUAUAACAUCGGAACUUGUCAAGUCUUGAGAAACUUUAAAAGCUACAAGUAGUGAGCGAACCAGGAAAUAACGCAGUGUAGUCAUAAUGGUGUAGUCCAGACUAUGAACUCCAGACAUGGUGCUGAAAUAAAACACGGAUGAUCACGACGGUUACGAGGACAUCGCACUUGAAAUAAAUCAAAUUAAAUCCGGAACCAUUUGAGCGUUUCUGUAGCUGACCUCUAAACUAGGCUACCUAAUUUCACGAAGAUUUUCCGAAAACAAGCAGAAGAUGGAUACAUUUUUGAAAGUGGUUGGUUACCAUAUGAUCAUAAUGAGCGUCGUAGCUCGGGCAGAGUACCUUGUAGAUCAACCGCAGAACAGGUCACGGCUUCACCAACGCCACCUCGCAAGUUUGCCCUCUGUUCGAGAUAUCGUGGUGAAGGAGGGUUCCAGUGCGCUCAUUGAAUGCAACGUGACUGGAAGCAGUGAGGAUAUUAUGUGGUACAACUCCAAGGGGCACGUAUUGGAUAACGAGGAAGGAGGGGGGAAAUGGGUGAUUAUGGACGAAGGCAUUUUGAAUAUCACUGUGGUCACGUUUGAAGACAGAGGCAGGUACACGUGUGUAGCAUCAGGCCCCUCUGGGACCGCGAACUACACGGUCACGCUGCGGGUGGCCUACACGCACAGCGGGCUGGGCCUGUACUACGUGAUAGUGUGCCUGAUCGCGUUCACCAUCACCAUGAUCCUCAACGUCACCCGCCUGUGCAUGGUGAGCAGCCACCUGCGCAAGACGGAGAAGGCCAUCAACGAGUUCUUCCGCUCGGAGGGCGCCGAGAAGCUGCAGAAGGCCUUCGAGAUCGCCAAGCGCAUCCCCAUCAUCACCUCAGCCAAGACGCUGGAGCUGGCCAAGGUCACGCAGUUCAAGACCAUGGAGUUCGCCCGGCACAUCGAGGAGCUGGCCCGCAGCGUGCCGCUCCCGCCCCUCAUCUUCAACUGCCGGGCCUUCGUGGAGGAGAUCUUCGAGACCGUGCACCUGGCCGGCGACCCCGCCCAGCCCCGCCGCGGGGUCCGGCAGCAGCUCGCCAUCGGCGCCGGGCCCGGCGGUGCCAACGCUGAUGAGCCGGCGCCGCCGGCGCCGCCGCAGGGAGGAGGAGGAGGAGGAGAGGAGGAGGUCCUGAACAAGAGCAGCCUGGACGUAGAGGUCUCUAUGCACCCCCAGACCGAGUGCCCGGAUGGGGGUACUGAACCCGCCUCCGAUUCCCAGGAGGAGGGGAGCGUGUGUGUCCCCAUGUUGGCUCCAGAUGCCCAGGAGGAGGGGAGCGUGUGUGUCCCCAUGUUGGCUCCAGAUGCCCAGGAGGAGGGGAGCGUGUGUGUCCCCAUGUUGGCUCCAGAUGCCCAGGAGGAGGGGAGCGUGUGUGUCCCCAUGUUGGCUCCAGAUGCCCAGGAGGAGGGCAGCGUGUGUGUCCCCAUGUUGGCUCCAGAUGCCCAGGAGGAGGGGAGUGUGUGUGUCCCCAUGUUGGCUCCAGAUGCCCAGGAGGAGGAGAGCGUGUGUGUCCCCAUGUUGGCUCCAGAUGCCCAUGAGGUUAUAUGAGCUAUAAUUUAGUGUUACAAUGCGCUGUUCACAGCCCUGAGACUGAAGCCAGAAAGGUGGCUGGAGAAAGAAAACGAAAACCAGAGUCAUUCCAUUUUCUCACCAUGAUCAGUAAAGUGUUUUUUUUUUUGUUGUUUUUUUAUUUUUUUUUAUCACAGGUUGUAAAGUUCCAGGUUUAUGUAACAAGCAAAUUGGAUUGUUCAGCUGUGCAGUGGCCAGGAUCUUAUUUGGCCCGAGUGAUCCUUUAUUUUCUGUUGGCGGUGAAAACAAAAAGGAUUGCCGUUUGGCUUGUUAAAUCUUGUAUUAUUUGCAUUGGGGUUUUUUUUCCCCCUUCACCAUAAAAUGGCAGUUUAGACAGUUUUAAUUUAGUGUGAUUGGUGCUGUAAUGAGGAGGGUAUUUUGGUGAGUGUUUGUGUUCAACAUUGUGAGUGGGCUGUACAUUGCCACUGCCAAGGGUGAGCUUGGUUUUCUUACGAUGUGUGGAGACUUUAAUAGUGACAGUGGCAUGCUAAAUGACUCAGUGCUUGAAUAUAAUGCCAAAUUGACCCAUUAGAAUGCAUUACCCUCGGUUUGUAGGCUACAAUCAUUUAGGGGUAACUUGCAACCAUUGGCUGAAUUUUAAGAAGCAGGAGUUAUGAGUACGAUUUGUCUUCAGCAAUCAUAAUGUGUAAUUAUGUAUUCUUAAUACAACUCGAAAAACGAGAAUUAUAGCCUACAUACCAUAACAGUUUUUUUUGCAGUGUAUUCCACAUUGCCUCUCAUUUACUGAUCUGAGGCGCUUAGGGUUUCUUUCUUUCAGUGUAGUGAUGUUAUUUUUUUACAGUGACAUUUGUGGCAGUUAAAUUUUU